CGUAUCCAGGAAGGGCGAUGCUCGUUAGGAUCAAACUGUCGAUUGAGGUCUUCCUAAGCACUUCAAAAGAGGUACCAGAAUUUCCACUCUGGGUUCCAAAUGCUGCGGCGACAACAAUCGGUUGAAAUAUUGUGUUUCCAUAAAAUACGACAUCGAAGAGGAACCAGGUUCCAGCGGUACCAAUAACUUUUCGACCCAAUCCAGGCUCGUGUAACAGGUUUUGCAACCAUCCUCCACCGUGAAUGCUAAGGGCAUCACCUUCACUAGUUACGUUUUGCCCGCCGUUCAUGAAUCGCUGCUCACCAUCAUCGCUAAUGUUGCUGACCGUGCUUGUUAAAACUGAAUUAUUCUCUAAUUCUCCAUCCGAAUCGGCAUCUUCCAUUUGCUCCAUCUCUGGAAAAGCUCCAAUUGUGCGACGGUAUCGGUGGUGUUGAUGGCAUUGAAGGCACAUCAACACGAUGCCAGGGAGAGCACCCAGACCAAGCAUUGUUCGCCACACGACAUCUAGGUUGGAAGUAGAAUACAGAAGCAGCACGGCGACUAGUGGAACAGAGACAAACCCAACCCCUUGCAUGCUAAAGGUCAGCACAACUCGUUGGAUCGACGACGAGUCGGUCUCUGAUCCGUUGGUUUCGCCUCCACCCUCUGRUUGUCGGUUUCCGUCCUCGGCACUUAUUACGGCAGCCAAUGGGUAUMCCCCGCCGCACCCAAUCCCCAGCACAAACCUCAGGCCGGACAGCCAGAGGAAAACGUCAGCCCGGCCACGAGCUCCAACCCCUCCCAUUCCCACGAACGCGCUCGCCAAACUCGCAACAAUUUGCAGCGCCAUCACCAGACGCAGGGCUCCCAUCCGGCCCAGCCAAGAGUCGCCUAGCGCACCCCCCAUCAAUUGCCCAAAAAUCAUUCCCGCCAACAGAGACGACGCCACCAAUGCCGUGUCGCUAUCCGAGCUACCGGAAUGCAGUUCUUUCAAGAUCGGCAAUACGAGAGAAACAUUGACGACGUUAUAGCUUGUGGAGAAAUUGCUAAUCAUGGCCGUGACCUGGUGGGCGUUUUGGUACCACCGUUUGGCGGUGACCGUUCUGCCAUCGUUGUCGACGACGUUAUGAUUGCCGUUGGAAGCCGCCAUUGCAAGCGGUGACGAAGGAGAAAGCAAGGAUGUUUGCAAAUCUUCAAAGCUCCCGUACGAGGGUUCCUCCGAUCUUCGCAUUGUAGAAUAUCAUAUAACCGUUUGCCAGAACGGGAGGUACGGUGCAUGCCAUCAAUACCAUUAGUUGGUGAUUCUCAAAAGCGAGAUGUGGUCAAGCUGCAGUACACGUGAUCAAACAAACGAAGAAAACUUACUCUCUACCGAGAAAACGGGAUAUAAAGUUCGAAAGAGUCGACCACAUGUCUUGACUGAGGAUCGUCUUCCUCGAUUGCCUCAAGACUUUUUGUGCUUACGGUAUUAGGAAGUAAGUAGUUGCUGUUGCAUGAAUCUCUUUCCUCCCAAAGAUUCGAAAGGACGAAAAUUUUUGCUACGGGUUUUUACACCUGUCGUCAACAACGAACGAGAGACAUACCGGUAGGCGGUUCAAGGUGAUGUUCUAAAUUCGGAAGAAAAGUCUCGCAAUCAAACAGUCGUACGAAGUACUAGUAAUAUGCAGUACAAGUAUGAUGGUUAGAUACUAUGAAUAUGACCGGCAAUUUUUUUAUUUCGAGAACACCUCUACCGGAUGAGUAUGACCUAAGGUACUCGUAUCGAAUAUUGGAUGAAAGCUGGACAGAAUGGUGCUAUUGGACUAAGAGUGCCGGAGCAUUACUUCCAUUCCACAAAGAUCAUCCGUUUACCAUCAUCAGUUACCAGAUCAAACUCCACGAACCGUACAACAUGGUGAGGAUCAAACAUGGAAGCAAGGAGCAUAGGAGUUUAUGUCGCCGUCCCUUAGCGUUAUAUCUGCUUUUGGCGGCAGCCAUUGCCAUUUUUGCCGCGAACAUGCAGUAUCCGUCGGAAGUUUUUGUGACACUAGACUCGGUUGGUCUUCAGCGGAAUUCUUCUCCCACAAUUGCUACCAAUGAUGCUUCAGCUACCCAGCAAACAAAACCCCACGAACAGAACAUGUCGAACCACCACUGCCUCAACGAGGAUUUCAAACCACAGAACAAAGUGGGAGUCUGGACAAUGCUUAACGACAACAUGGAUUAUGUCAAAGGUGCCGCCAAGCUAGGUGUCKGUGUUCGCGCCAAAACGAAGACGCCACUGGAUCUGGUGGUCAUGGAACUGAGAUCCAAGCCGCUCGGGAAGGACAUGUGGGACGUGCUGCGGCUCGCGGGGUUCAUCAAAUGCACCGUUGAGAGCAUCAAGUCUCCCGUCAAGACGCGGGAAGACCUGAAGGAAAAAUUUUCGGUGUUGCACGUUUGGGCCAUGGAAGUCUACGAGACGGUCGUCUUUUUGGACGCGGACACGUACGUUCAGAACAGCAUCGACGACCUAAUCCACAUGGAUCUGAAGGGGAAGGCGCUUGGGGUGACGAAAGACAUUCGCGAACGGAAAUGGGUCGAGACGUUCAACAGCGGAGUGAUGGUGCUCAAGCCAAAUUUGCAGGAACACAAACGAUUGGUCGAGCUAUUGAACAGCGGCCUGGAAUUUGACUUUAUCAUGUCCGACCAGGGAUUCCUCAACGAGGUCUACAAAGACAAUUGGCACGAGAUCGGGUUUGUGAACAAUGCCAACCUCGCACUCUAUAGAUUUCAGCGUGAGUUCUGGGACCAGCACAAACUGGAAGACAUCAAUGUUAUCCACUAUACCAUGAAAAAACCCUGGAAGUGCAAGCGAAAUGGUCCCUAUGGAYCGAUAUGUGCAGUUUGGAUCGAUGCAUGAAAUUGAGAUACAAUAGAGGACAAAUGUCAGACAAAAAAGCGGACGACAUUCCCCUAAUGAGUUACCAAGUAUAUGUAACCACGGAGGACCUGCCAAUUAAAAGCGACAAUCGCGGGUAGAAGUCAGUAAAAAUUUAAGCCUAUG